AUGCCGGUCGGUGAGGUUACGAUCACUCUUGAGGACAUUGCCACACUGAGCGGUCUACCAAUUGACGGUGAGGCCGUCAUAGUAGACGUACCAGAUCGUGAGUGGUCGGAGACAUGUACCAGACUCUUAGGACAUGCUCCUAACGAUAUUAGCGGGGGUGUCGUUAGGAUUAGUUGGCUUAGGGAGCAUUUCAACAAUCUGCCGCCAAAUGCAUCAUCAGAGAUUACAGGGCAGUUUGCACGAGCAUAUGCCCUAUCUUUGAUGGGGUUUAUGUUGUUCCCCGAUCGGACUGAAGCUACAGUUCAUCUGCAGUAUCUGCUCCUGUUGGAGAAUUGGCGGACCGUUGGAGGCUAG